GUGGUUGAGUAGAGAAGUAAUCCUUCUAAGAGUCAAGGGUUGGUGGAUAAGGACGGAUGAAAAUGAGUUCAAAAUGUGGACAUUUGCUGACUAUCAGAGCUGACUACUAAGUCAUGUUCUAACUCUGCCCCACAAAAGAUGUUAGUCAAUUUAGGGCAAAGCGGCAAACCUUGGGCUCUUCGUCUCAACCAAAUCUGGAUACUAUAAUCAGCAAAAGGUUACGUUUGUUAGGUUCAGGUUUCUGGUUUUUGGUAGGUUCAACUAUCACUCUCAAUUAUUUGUGUUACAUUUUUUUUUUUUUGAGAAUAUUUGUGUUACAUUUAAUCUGAAGCAAACCAGCCAGAACAGACUCUGCUGCCUAUAGACUGCAUAACAACAUUAAGAGAGGAUGGAGAUGGUACCAUCACAAGAAGCCACAGCCAAAGUCUCAUCAAUCUUCAUAUAUCCAGUUAAAUCAUGUCGUGGGAUAUCGGUCUCUGAAGCACCUAUCACUCCUACUGGAUUUCGAUGGGAUCGACAAUGGUUAGUUAUAAACGAAAAAAGGAGAGCAUAUACUCAAAGAGUUGCACCAAAGCUUGCAUGUGUUGAGGUACAGCUACCAAACGAGGCAUUCCUAGAGGGUUGGGAACCUACUAGCAGCUCUUAUCUGGUAUUAAAAGCACCUGGCAUGGAUGUACUGAAGAUUUCUAUGAGUCCACCACAAGAAAUAGCAGAUGGAGUUUCAAUAUGGGAAUGGUCUGGUGCUGCCUUAGAUGAGGGAGCUGAUGCAUCAAAAUGGUUUUCAGACUAUCUUGGGAAACCUAGUCGACUUGUUCGCUUUAAUGCAGCUUCAGAAACUAGACCUGUUAAACCGUCCUUUUGGUCUCAUAAACCUGUGGAACCUGAAUAUGCUGGGGGGAAGCAAAUCAUGUUCUCCGACCUUUUUCCAUACUUGAUAGCGUCUCAGGCAUCAUUGGAUACACUAAAUGAGCAUCUGAAGGACCCUGUACCAAUUAACCGUUUCAGACCCAACAUUCUUGUUGACGGUUGUGAACCAUUUUCGGAAGAUUUAUGGACAGAUGUCAGAAUAAACAAUUUCACAUUUCAAUGCUGCAUGCUGUGCUUCCGCUGUAAGAUACCUACGGUGAAUCAAGAGACUGGCAUACGAGGAACUGAGCCAAAUGAAACUCUGAAGAAAUUUCGAUCGGAUGCAAUUGUGUAUCCAUCUCGGAAACAGCGGAGAAGGGUCUACUUCGGGCAGUAUCUAGUUUGCAAUGACUCUCUGAUUGCAGGCAUGAAGGGAAAUGUCAUAAAGGUUGGAGAUCUUCUUCAUGUCCUCAACAUGGUUUCCUCUGCUGAUGAAGUUCCGGAAUAAUUACUUUAUCUUUGCUGUUAUAUGAUCCUAAGAGUUGGUCUAGUCUUAUGAUGAAUAACAGGACUGCUUGUUAAUGAUUAGCCUCCUAGUUAGAUAAAAGUUCCAGGUAUUUCAAAACACACGAGAAAUGCAAAUGUUCAAGUAACAUAUUUCUGUAUGAGAUAUGUUUGAAGUGUUUGAAAUCUGCAAUGCUUGGAUCUUCUUCAUGCUUGCUUUCAUAUUCUACAAAGUCGUACUUGUAAAGAAAAGUCAUUAACGAACCAAAGUUGUAAUGUGACUGUUCAUGCGCCGAAGUUGGAAGUUACAGGUCUUCGGUUUAUGUUUA